CGCCGUUGCUAAGAAACGCGAAGCUGCCUGAACUUAGGGCCUCACAGUGAGGGCUUGUUUGGAGGUCGGGAGGCGAUGGGAACCGAAGGUGAAUUCAAAAAAGAGAACUCGAAAGAAAGACAUGAAGCUGACUAGUGAGCCUCUGCCUCGGUGUCAGGAGAGUAGCUUUGAGGUUGUUCUCCAAACUGUUUCAAAAAUCAAGAGUGCUGAAUCAGAAGAAAUCAAAUGGGUACCUUGCCCACAGAGUUACCGUCACGACUACCUAGUUACAAGGGCUGAAGAGUUAGUGGACAAGAAGAUUAAGGCUGGGGAGCCUCUGGCGUAUUUUCUAAAAGGACAGCUGUUUUUUGAAGAGGGAAGGUACGAAGAAGCACUACCUCAAUUUGAACAAAACAAAGACACAGAUUUUCAGUCCAUGUAUCAGUUAGGAGUGAUGUAUUAUGAUGGAUUGGGGACUGCACCAGAUCCUAAGAAAGGAGUGGAAUACAUGGAGAAGAUCAUCAACUCGGAUUCCCCUAAGGCUAGACAUUUAAAGUUUGCUGCAGCGUACAACCUUGGCAGAGCUUACUGGGAAGGAUGUGGGGUUGAGAUUUUGGAAAAAGAGGCUGAAAGAUUAUGGUUUUUCGCGGCAGACCACGGAAAUCCAAAAGCAAGUGUAAAGGCUCAGAGUGCCCUUGGAAUGCUGUACUCAGCAACCCAUCCCAAAGAUCUGAAAAAGGCAUUCUUUUGGCAUUCAGAAGCAUGUGGGAACGGAAGCCUAGAAUCUCAGGGCAUACUUGGGCUGAUGUAUUUUUAUGGACAUGGGGUACGGAAAAAUUUGAAGGCUGCUUUGGAGUGUCUGAAUCAAGCAUCGGACCGUGGAAAUGUCUAUGUGAAAGGUCAUCUCGUACAGUAUUAUUACAGAAGAAAGUUUUUUACAAAAGCUGCUGAGUUUGCCAAGAGCAUUACAGAGAAUGACAAUGUUGGACAGAUAGCAAAGGACACGGACUGUGUGCCUUUUUACAUUGCGAAGGGACUUGCGAUGGCUUCCUUCUACUUGGCCAGGUGCCUUCAGCUUGGCCUCGGAACAAAACCUGAUGCAGCAGCAGCUAAAAAAUAUUAUUCUAAGGCAUGCAAUCUGGAUCCUGAUAUUGCGGCUGAUCUCGAGCUGACAGCAAAUCAUGGAAGAAUUUAGUGUGUUGCUUUGAUAAGGCUAAACAAGUUCCAACAGUUUUCCUUUGUAACCUCUGACUACCUUUACAGUUUUUUACAAAUCAUGACUAUUGUAAACCAAUUUCUUUCCUUAGACAAAAUAUUUGACAUAUUUUCAGAUUUCUCUCUCUGGAAGUAAAUUACAGGUUUUUUCCUAUACAAGCAACUAUCAUGUAUUCAUCUAUAUUUCUGGAUUUAACGUUCUUUUACCUAGAUUCCAGUUAAUCAGCAUUAAUAGUGCAAAAUUAAGACACAAGAUAAAAAUGUUAAGAACUUUGAACUUGUGACUUAAAAUUACACUUGUUAAAACACUACAUGCUUGUAAUUGGAUGUUCUGAGAGAAUAGUCUACAGUGAAUUAAUUGAGCCUUCCUAUAAAACUUUAAAAGGUGUAUCAGCUUCUUUCAGAUAUAACUAGUAUAAGUAAAAAUAGCAGGGCGUGUCUGCUAACCCACACAGUGAGUUCUAUGGCUGCAGUCAGCUGAAUCUUUGCACUGCUCAACCAGCAACAGGACUUUUUCAGCAGUGACCCCUUUAAUACUCCCCCCCCCUUUAAGGCUCACCUGGGACCUACGUCUUUAAAAUGCUUAGAAGACAUUUAAUCUUUUCACAUCAUUUUAAUAGUUGUGUCUAGCCUGAGAAAGAUUUUAUUAAACUUGUUUUAAGAUGUACAGCAUUUUAUGUUGUGUGCAAUGCUCUUGCUGGGUUAAUAAUUUAUUCAGUUAGGAUUUUAUUAUGUGUCACUUUUUAAGCUGUCUUGAGCAGUUUCUCUGGGGGCAGAUGAGAAGAUGGCUAAAUAAAGAGAAAUGAACAGAAAUCUAACCAUGAAUUUCCAAGAUGUGUAAAUAAAGAAAAAUGAACAGAGAUCUAA